AUGUCGUCGUCUUUGAUCUUCCACCAUCUCAGAGAUGGCAAAGAAGUUGAACUUCAUACAUGGAACGGACCUCAUGAUCCUGAAAAUCCAUUCAAUUGGUCCGUCACAUACAAGUGGAUCUUGACAAUAACCAUUUGCUUCAUCUCCAUUUUGACCGGUCUACCGGCUGGAUCCUACGGUGCAGGGAAUGAGUACAUGGCAGAUCGCUUCAGCGUUCAAAACGAGCCCUUUCCAAACCUAUACUGGGCGACAUGUAGCUGGAAUGUUGGCGCCGCUCUGUUCCCACUCGUCUUUGUUCCACUUACUGAAAACACUGGCCGUAUGCCAGGAUACUUUAUUGCAUACAUUAUAUUCGAAUUAUUUCUCUUUGGCUCAGCAUUCGCAAAUAACUUUGCUACAUUGGUUGUGACGCGAUUCUUCGGCGGCGGUGCAUCUUCGGUAUCCAUUAACAUCGUUGGCGGCAGUAUCAGUGAUGUUUGGAAAGGUGAUAAAGCUCGCAGUCUGCCCAUGUCGCUGUUUGGUUUCACAUCAGUUGCUGGCAUCGCUCUCGGGCCCUUCAUCGGGAGUGCAAUUGUUCAAAUUCGCAAACCUGACGUUGGCUUACAGUCGCCAUGGCGCUGGAUCUACUACAUCCAAAUCAUCUAUAACGCUGCCCUCAUCCCCGUCUUCUACUUCAUCCUAUCCGAAACCCGCGGCGAUGUCAUACUCCAAAAGCGCGCCUCCAAACUACGCAAAGAAACGGGUCGGCCAAUCUAUGCCGAAUCCGAACUCGAGAAGCAAACCAUUGCCCAGCUGCUCAAAGUCUCAUUCAUGCGACCCACAAAAAUGCUAUUGACUGAACCUGUCGUCAUCUUCUUUACGCUCUGGAUCAGCUUCGCUUGGGGAAUUUUAUUUUUGUUCUUUUCGAGCGUCGUACAAACGUUCAGUGCGAGUUAUGGAUUCGGUGUUUUCCAAACGGGAAUGAUCCAGCUCGCCAUCACGGUCGGAGCACUCAUCGGCACACUGUUCAACCCAAUCCAGGAUUGGCUGUACCUUCGCACCGCAAGGAAAAACAAAGAACGGCCAGGAAAGCCAAUUCCAGAAGGAAGACUAUAUACAAGCAUACCAGGUUCCUUGCUCUUCACGGCGGGAUUGUUCAUGUAUGGAUGGAGUUCCACGACAGAUGUACACUGGAUUGUUCCAACCAUUGGAGUCACGAUUGUCGGGGUCGGCAUUUACUCGAUUUACAUGGGCGUUGUCAACUACCUCACCGACGCCUACGAGAAAUAUGCCGCAUCAGCCCUGUCCGCUGCAUCGCUGGGUCGAAACACAUUCGGAGCUUUUCUACCCUUUGCCUCGUUUCAGCUUUUCGAUACCCUGGGAUUUGGUUGGGCAGGCAGUUUGCUAGGCUUCGUCGGUGCGGCCUUGAGUAUUGUUCCGGUUGUACUCUUGUUCAAAGGAAGAGAGAUUCGCGCGAAGAGUCCGUUUAUGCUGGAUUCGGCGUUUGACGAUGAGGAGAAGGAUCAUAGGAGGAGCAGUUUGGGAAAGAGGGGACUCCAUUCUGGUCCUUCGAGGAUGGCGGGCGGACCUUUGGGGGCCGUAGAAGAACGUGUAUAA